AUGGUGCAGCUGCUGCUGUUACUCUUUGGUCUCCGGUUUUGGCCAUGGAUUGGGAGUUGUGCUCAGGAGCUGGACCCUAGUGGGAGGAACGUGUGCAAGGCUACCAGCCUCUCUGCAGACCUGGCAUGCUGCCCUGGCUGGAAACAGGAAGGCAGGGAGUGCACAGCUGCGCUGUGUGAAGGGGAGGAUGCUUGCAAGGUGGACGAGGUGUGUGUGAGACCUGGGAUCUGCCGCUGCAAACCUGGAUUCUUUGGAGCCCAUUGCAGCUCCCGCUGCCCCGACCAGUACUGGGGCUCGGAUUGCAGGGAGAGCUGUGCCUGCCAUCCCCAUGGGAAGUGUGACCCUGUAAGCGGCCAGUGCAGCUGCAAUCCCAGCCGCUGGGGAGAACUGUGCCAAUUCCCAUGCCAGUGUGGACCUCACGGCCUCUGCAACACGCUCACAGGAGCCUGCCACUGUGAGCCAGGCUGGUGGGCACCGAACUGCAAGAAGCAGUGUCAGUGCAACCUGGCCGGCUCCCUCUGUGACCCUGUCUCGGGGCAGUGUGUCUGCGCCCAGGGCUGGUGGGGCAGGAGAUGCCGCUUCAGAUGCGACUGCCACCACUCCCCCUGUGCCCAGGACUCAGGCAGGUGUGAGUGCAGGGCUGGGUUUUGGGGCCCCUUGUGCCAGCGUCAUUGUGACUGCCUGCAUGGGAACUGCAACCCGCAUGAUGGGCGAUGCAGCUGCAGCCCUGGCUAUCAGGGCAGGAGCUGUGGGGAUCCCUGUCCCGCUGGCUAUUACGGCUCUCAGUGCAGCUACAGCUGUGGGCACUGCAAGCGGAGCCAGCCCUGCUCUCCCAUGGAUGGGUUCUGCCUGGCGUGUGAGGCUGGCUGGAACGGCACCCGCUGUGAUCAGCAGUGCCCCCCUGGAUCCCAUGGGGAGAAUUGUGCACAGGUGUGUCCCAGCUGUCGGAAAGGGGAGGCCUGUAAUCCAGAGACGGGGGCUUGCUUGAGCUGUGACCCUGGCAAGACAGGAUCCAGCUGUGAAGCCCCCUGCCCUGCUGGCACAUUUGGAGAUGGCUGUCGGUUCCCCUGCCCAGACUGUGUGAACGGGAGCUGUGAUCCAGUGUCUGGGGAGUGUGUCUGCCAGGCUGGCUAUUGGGGCACCAGCUGCAAUGAGACCUGCCCAGAGGGGUUUUUUGGAGCGAACUGUUCUUCUACCUGCCGCUGUGCAGGGGGUCUCUGCCACCCGCACUCUGGGGACUGUGUGCUCAGGUCAAGGCAACAGGGAGCCCUGAUAGCCGGCACUCUCAUCCCAUUGCUCCUCCUGUUACUCUGCAUCACCUGCUGCUGCUGCUGCGGAACCAGCCAGCUGGAUGCCCGAGACAGGGCGGCUGCUGCUGAUGGGGAUGCAGUCUCCAGAAUGAAACAUCAUGUGCAGGGGGUGCUGGCCAAUCUGAGUUCCCUGUUACCUUGCCUCUCACUGAGGGGCUACAAGCUUCCCCGAGUCACAGUAUCCCACCAUGACACAGAGAUUCCCUUCAAUCCCAGCUUCAUUGAACCGCCUUCUGCUGCCUGGGCCUCAGACAGCUCCUUCUCCUCCUCCUUCGACACCGAUGAUGAGGGCCCAGCCUAUUGCGUCCCCACCAGAGAAGAUGCUCCUGCAGCAGCCGGCUUUGAGCUUCAGGAAGGCAACUCCAAGUGCCCCGAAUUUCCUGACGCAUCAGCAUUUAACUCGGAGGAUGUCUCCCAGCCUUUCACCAUCCCCCGCACCUCCAGCAUUGCCAGAGCCAAGAGACCCUCUGUGUCCUUUGCAGAAGGAACUAAGUUUGGCCCUCAGUGUCGCAGCGACUCGGUGGAGACACCAACGACCACUCGGAAACCCAAAGCCCCCUGGGGUGUCACCAAACUUCCCUCUCACCAGCCUCAGGCUGACCCCGAGGAGGGGCCCAAGCAGGGUGGGUCUCCGGGUGACAUUUAUGAAAAUCCAGAGCGCACCUCUGAGGCUGAGGAGAGCCACCGGCCCUCCCCCGGAGGUGCCCCAGGAGGCCGCAGGAAGGCAGCGUCCAGUGGCAGACAUGUGGCCCAGAGAGUUGAGGCCCUGGAGGCAGCUUUGAAUCCAAACGCUUUGGAAGUUAAGCAGAAUGUCACAACCAUUUAUGUGACUGUGGGGACAGCGGGGAGAGCCUCCAAGCCCAGCGAGAGUGCUGAUGGGAGCAGGGAGGGGCCCGUGCAGGCUGUACUCAAGCGUUUGGGUAGCUUCCAGAGAGCAAAAAGGGCUUUCAGGGAGGACCCCCCCGUGAGGAAAAGCACUGAGAGCAUCCAGAAACCUCCCCGCAGGGCCCUGGGCCUGGGGAGGGACUCCAGAGACGUGCUCCCCCAGCCAGCCUCUCCACACAAGGAGAGCUGCAAGACAACAGAUCCGGAGCCCUCGGAGGCACCUGAGCUCCGCACUGGUCGACACCAGAUCGAGGCCCCUGAGAAGAGGCAGUCUCUCACCCCCACAUCACCUCUGUGCAAAAGACUAGCGCCCCCGGGGGAAGGGCUCACAGGGGACCCCAAGGAAAGUGACAGCCCUGAAGAGGCCAGAAGCCAGGAAACAAAUGAACAGGCUGCUGUUGAGGAGGAACCGAAAUAUGAAAACGUGUCUCCAAAUCACGGGUCUCCUGUCACCUCCCCUGGCUGCGAGGCCAGCACCUGAACACCCACCAGGACCCAACUCCUGCCUCUUUCAGGACGGGGACAGUUUCACGAGGGAGCUGUGGCCAGAGGGAGCUGUGCCCCUUGCACCAGGCCACCGGCAAUCCAAGAGGGCUAGGUCUGCAACGUGUCUGGUAUGAGAGGGAAGCCGGAAUGCCGCAUGCGCUGGGUGACUGUCUACAUUGCCAUUAAAUUGGUGUGUCUUCUGCA